AUGGAAGAUAAUGAUUUGGCGGACAACAACGGCGAGACACACGCGGCGGCUCCAGGCAGCAACGCAGGUUCACAUGCUCCAGCGUCUCCUAUUGAGGCAACCACACGGGUGGACUCACUGGAGCAAGGAAAGGUGAAGCUCCCGGAUUUCCUCGAUGAGCAUACUGAUCUUUGGUUCUGGCAAGUCGAGGCAGCAUUCGAAGCGGAAGGCAUCGUGUCCGAUAAAAAACACUACUACACCAUCAUUGGACAAUUGCCGACACGCGUAAUGCACAAGCUAGCCGAUCUUCGCACUAAUCCCCGACAACGUAAUGAGAUGUACAACACACUAAAGGCUCGGAUUAUCAACGAGUUCGCCGACAGCACACAAACGAAAAUAACUAAGGUUCUCAGCGACUUAUCACUUGGCGAUUGCAAGCCGUCCCAGUUGCUAGCUGAAAUGCGCUCAAAGGCUGCUGCUACCCCAGUAACGGAUGAGCUCCUAAAACAGCUAUGGCUCCGAAAUCUCCCGGAGCAAUUCCGACCAAUAAUAUCUGCAGAUGAUUGCAUAACCCUGGUCAACGCAGCAACGAUGGCCGACCGCAUCAUGGAGGCCACUAGAGGUAGCAACCCUUACGUAAACGCUGUUCAACAACAAAGCCUUAAACAGGGCGUUGUAGCACACCGGGACGUAAGCGACAAAGCCGCUCGUCACAUCGAAGAAUUGCAGCGAAAGAUCGACGCACUCUCACGCGAUCUCCAGAAGAUGAAGCAACCACACCGCGGUAGGCAACUUAGCUCAACACCGGCACGACCGACUUCACGCACUCGUUAUCAACACGUGCUGGCACCACGACAAGUAUGGAACGGGCGCCCGCAAGUGCCGGUCGCCGUGCAAAUUCGACCGCAAUGCUGA